CUAAACUCAGAAAUUAUGGGUUGAAUUAACAGUACGAACCUCAAGAAUGUUUCUAGAACUCCGUAGAAACGGUGCACCCACCAUCAAGAUCAAUCCUCCAGUCGUCCCGGCUACAAAAAAUCUGCAGACAGCUGUGAAAUCAGCUGCAUUUUAUAUCCACGAAUGAAAGUGAGGUGUAGUGAUUGGGCAACGUGUACCGUUCGCCACAUAUCCCAUCACACAUUUCUUCCAUUCACUCAGCACUAACCCAAUUUCAACACGACAAUUAAACCACCCACCCCAUCUAUUAAUUCAUAUCCUCGAUCCAAUGCUGACUGUCGUCUACGUGUCUCCGCCUAUCUGAUCUUUCUGUAAUUCCUUGUGUUUUGUUGGGGAUUUUGUUUUUGUCCUGCGAUUCCGAGCUUUUAUUCUGAUUUAGGGUUUUGAAAUCUGGAUUAAAAAUUAUGACGGUUGAAGAUCGGAGAGAUUCGCCGCCGGUGAGGGCUGGGGGAGACGAUGCGGUGGGGGUGAGAAUCGCCGACGAGAGAACGCCUCUUCUGAGGAAGGGAGAGAGCAGCAGCAGCAGCAGCGGCGGCGGCGGGUUUGGGGAUCGGGAAUUCGACGGCGCCUCGUUCGCCGGAGCGGUUUUCAAUCUCUCCACCACCAUCAUCGGCGCCGGGAUAAUGGCGCUUCCGGCGACGAUGAAGGUCCUAGGGCUCGCCCUCGGCAUUGCCGCGAUUAUCCUCGUCGCUGCCCUCACGGAUUUCUCCGUACGGAUGUUGAUGCGCUUCAGCAAAGCCGGCGGCGCCACCUCCUACGGAGAUGUCAUGGCCGCCGCCUACGGCGAUUUCGGCCGCCGGCUCCUCCAAGCCUGCGUCGUUAUAAAUAACAUCGGAUUGCUCGUUGUCUACAUGAUCAUCAUCGGUGAUGUGCUGUCGGGAUCGUCGUCGGACGGCGUCCACCACGCCGGAGUAUUGGAAGGCUGGUUCGGUCCGCACUGGUGGACCGGCCGGUUCUUUGUUCUUGUUGUCACAACUCUCUCUGUGUUCACUCCUCUGGCCUGCUUCAAACGCAUUGAUUCUCUUCGGCACACGUCGGCGGUGGCGGUUCUUCUAGCGCUAGUUUUCCUCGUCGUCACGGCCGGCAUUGCCGUGGCGAAAUGCAUCCAGGGAUCGAUCGAGAUGCCGAGAUUGCUCCCGAAAGUCACAACUGAUAUCGAUUCGAUCGGGGCGCUCUUCACCGCCGUCCCCGUCCUCGUCACGGCUUACGUCUGCCAUUUCAACGUGCAUAAUAUCGAGAACGAAUUGGACAAUCCUGCGGACAUAAAGCCCGUUGUCCGCGCGUCGUUGUUAUUAUGCUCGAUCACGUACAUAAUGAUCAGCUUCUUCGGGUUCCUUCUGUUCGGCGACAAUACCCUCGACGAUGUGCUGGCCAACUUCAGCACCGAUCUCGGCAUCCCUUUCAGCUCGUUGUUAAAUGACGUCGUGCGCGUCAGCUACGCGCUGCAUUUGAUGCUGGUCUACCCGGUGAUCUUCUACCCACUCCGACUGAAUAUGGACGGGCUGCUAUUCCCGUCCUCCACCCGUUUGGCAGACAGCAAUGUCCGGUUCGCGACGAUCACGAUUGCGCUUAUUACCGUUGCGUUCCUCGGUGCAAACUUUAUCCCGAGCAUUUGGGACGCCUUCCAAUUCACCGGCGCAACAGCCUCCGUUUGCCUGGCGUUCAUCUUCCCGGCUGUAAUAGCUUUAAGGGAUGCUCCGAGGAUAGGAUCGAGGAAAGACAAGAUCGCCGCGAUCUUGAUGGUGAUUCUGGCCGCGUUUGCCGAUCUGAUGGCGAUAUAUAGCGAUUCGGUCUCCAUCUUUAAGGAGAACUCGUCGCCUUCCGGAAUGCUCACUCGUCGAUUUGGCGGCAGCGGCGCCGCCGCCUGGAAGGGCUGA